AUGGUCCUCACACACACGACCGCGCACACCUACUCUCAUCCAUUCCCGACCGUCACCCUUGCGUACUUCCUCCGCUACUCUUCUCCUCAGCUCAAUCCCUUUGCCGCCCAUGUGUUGAGCACCGACACCAUCUCCAGCUAUGUCGACCCCGAGACCCAGCGGCUCCAUACUACCAGAAUCCAUCUGAAGAAGAGCCGUAUGCCGGGAGCAGUGUACAAACUACUACCCACUAGCGUCACGGGCGGCGGCAGCGGCGACAAGGCAUCGUAUAUUCUCGAGACGAGCGUUGUCGAUAUAAAGGAAGGAUGGAUGCAGACCGAGAGCCGCAACCUCAACUUUACCGGUGUCCUCUCUGUUGUUGAGCAGCAACACUUCAAACUGCCGGCCGAGAAGGUGUCUAGCGAAACUGACGUGACAACGUCGGUCAUCUUCCGGUCGAGACUGGGUGAAAAACUUCGGGGAAAGUUUGGUCAAGCUCAGCAGGAGGGCGGUCUGCUCUCUGGCUUCAUCGGCGGCUGGGGUGCGAAAGGCGUCCAACGCAGCAUCGAGAGCCUUGCUUCCACCAAGACUCUUGACCAGCUUGGCAAGAGCCGUGACGGCAUGCGACUUGUCCUCGAACGAAUUCGAAACAACGGCGUCAUCGGAGUGUUGGAAAGCCUCCGACGGGAGCGCCAACGACAAGCAUUGGGCGCCUGA